AUGUCGAAUGCUGCGAGCGAUUCCUGCUCUAUUCUUGCUCUUUCGUGCAUAGAAGUCAUAGCCGGCAUCUGUUUCGACUUUGCAUCAAUUCGUCGCGACUGCACACAAUGCACCUGGCCUUACUCUUGUCGGUCUAAAUGUUGCCCAUGUGGCGAAAGUCAACCCGUUGGACCCAUCCACCUUCCAGACGAAGAGCCCACGGAGCAGUCACCUAUACGUUCUGAGCAACCGAAACCUCACCCUGAGCCAAACAGCGCUAUUGUACCCGUGCGAUGA